AUAUAAAAGAUGGGAGAAGCACACUCAUUGUAGUUCAAGGCUUCAAGCCCCCCACAACUUUGUAUUGCUCAUACACUUUGAGUUUCGAAUAGCAGAGACUAGUUUCAAAUGUCGUCGCGUUUGCUUCUUCUCGCGGUGGUAUUGGUGUUCUGCAUAGCGCAGGUUUCAGCUGAUGCCGAGGUGGAAGACCAUGAAACCAAGGCAGUGGUGAAAGGACCUAACAGAAGACUGUUACCAUAUCUGAACUGUGAUGGGCUAUGCAGGGCUCGUUGCAGCUUGCACUCGAGACCAAAUAGGUGCAACAGGGCAUGUGGAACUUGCUGUGUAAGGUGCAAGUGCGUUCCUCCGGGCACCGCCGGCAACAGAGAGGUCUGUGGAUCGUGCUACACUGAUAUGACCACUCAUGGCAACCGCCUCAAGUGCCCUUGAAAUCACUGGCUCUCCAUCUUUCAAAAUAUCCGGGAAAAGUGAGAAAUCAACAUGAGAAAUAAAUAAUGUAGUGAAACUUUUAAGUUUAAUGUUGUAUACUUGUUUCGCUUUUCAUAUGUUAAUGGAUUUUUAUGUUUCGUC